GUGUUUGUGCAGCAGCUCAGGGCAGGCUCACACGAGUAAGGUAGAGACUGACAGCCUGAUGAACUUCGGGUUGAUGAUGACCCCACAAGCUCGUGAGGCGGAGACCUCGUUGGUGCCACGGAUGACGCAUGCUUACACUCGUGGAAUGGAAACAGCAAUAGUGACGAAGUAUUAGAUUUUAUACAAGAGAGGGAAUGUACUAUGAAGGAAAAAUUAGAUAUAAAACUAGACAAGGUUAUAAAAAUUUUAGGUUUGACAUGGGAUAGAAAAGAUGAUAAAUUUAAAAUAAUUGUAAACUUACCUGAAGCCCAGGGAUCCCUUUCGAUGUGGUUCGCCUGUUUGACCCAUUUGGUUGGUUGUCUCCAGUAGUCAUAUCAGCAAAAAUAUUAAUAUAAACAUUAUGGAUCUGUAAUUUAGGCUGGGAUGAUGAAUUACCACCGCAUUUGAUCGAAGACUGGGUGAGAUAUAGGAAAGAGCUGAUUUAUUUACAAUACAUUUCUUUACCACGAUGGUUUAAUACGACGUCGCAAACCUUGGAAGACAUGGAAAUACAUGGAUUUGCAGAUGCAUCAGUAAACGCAUACGCUGCGGUUGUUUAUCUCAAGGUAAUUAACAAUGCCUCAAUACAUGUCAUGAUAAUUGCAUCGAGGACUAUGGUUGCACCUUUGAAGCAAAUAUCUGUUCCUAAAUUGGAAUUAUGUGCUGCAGCUUUACUAACAGAACUCAUGAGUGAUGUUGUAGAUCUAUUGUCCAUCUCUAAAGAAAGAAUUUUUGCUUGGUUCGACUCAAUGGUAGUUCUAUCAUGGUUACAAUCGGAACCAAGCCGGUGGCGAACAUUCGUAGCAAAUAUGGUGGCUGAGAUAACACGGGUAUUAGACAACAAUCACUGGAACUACGUUUAAUCUUCUGACAACCCGGCUGAUCUAGCAAAAAGAGGAAUUAAAGCGCAUGAUUUGGCUAAUCAAGAUAUUUGGUGAUCUGGUCCCGACUGGCUUAAACAAAUACAAAUAGAAAAGGACACAUUGGAAAUUCCUCAGAAUUAGAAAUCAAAAACUCAUUUCAUAGUUAUUUUGAAGGAGAACCGAUUUGGUAAAGAUUUUCUUCGUUGUCAAAAAUGAAACGAGUUUCCAUACUGCAGAAGGUUAUUGCCGAACAAAGGGAAAAAGGAAAAUUUUUUAACAGUUGAAGUUAAAAUGAUGUCAAUAGAAAUAAGAUGCGUUAAAUUUUAUCAAAGACAAAUUUAAAGACAAGAGGUAGAGUGCUUAAAAAGGGACGGAAGAGUGCGAAGUGGAAGCUCAUUGGCCAACUUGACACCCUACUUAGAUGAACAUGGAUUGUUGAGGGUUGCAGGUCGAUUGAAUAAUGCAGAGUAUUUAUCGACGAAUACUAAGCACCCAAUUAUCAUCCCAGACGACAACGGUCAUGCAAAAACCUUACACGGGGGCGUACUGCAAACGAUGGCCUUUAUAAGACGCAAGUUUUGGUUUAUCAAUCUAAAGCCAGCUGUAAGAGGAUUUAUCCGUAAUUGUACAAUAUGCAUAAGAGACAAGGCUAAAACGAAGCAACAGCUCAUGGGACAAUUACCUGCACCGAGAGUGACUCCAUCUCGUGCGUUCUCCAGCAGUGGUGUAGAUUAUGCAGGCCCUAUACAAGUAACGACAUCAAAGGGUCGAGGUCAUACAUCUUCAAAGGGCUACAUUUGUCUUUUCGUGUGUAUGUCGACAAAGGCAAUACAUUUGGAAUGUGUCACCGACCUUACUUUGCAAGCAUUUAUUGUAGCUUUUCGAAGAUUUGUCACUAGACGAGGCCAUUGUUCACACUUGUGGAGUGACAGUGGCACUAAUUUUGUAGGCGCUGCAAGAGAACUGAAACGUAUGUUUGAAGUUGGUAAAAACAACAUGGCUAAGGUAAUAGCUGAACUUUUAGCCAAAGACGGCAUCACUUGGCGCUUUAUACCACUUAAGGCUCCAAAUUUCGGCGGUUUAUGGAAAGCCGCUGUGAAGUCCGCCAAACAGCAUCUUUCUAGAAUAAGUGGUGCAAUUAGGUUGACUUACGAGGUGAUGACAUUAUUGGCUCAAAUUGAAACAUGCCUCAAUUCGCGACAUCUGUGUCAAAUGGAUGAUACGCUGGAGACUCUUAAUCCAUUAACACCAGGACAUUUUCUGAUUGGUGAGCCACUAAUUGGUCUUCCUGAAAACAAUUAUGUCAAUAAAAACGUUAAUCUGUUGACACGAUAGCAGUUCACUCAAAAUAUAAUUCAAGAUUUUUGGAGAAGAUGGCAAGCAGAUUGUUUACAAACCUUACAACAAAGAUAUAGGUGGCCAAAGGUUACCACUCUGCAGUAAUUGUUUUUCGACCUUCUAAAACAACUGUUGUGUAAUGACCUGUCCUUUCGAAGAACGAGGCCACCAUCUUUUUUGCCCACGCUUCGACCUCUCUUCACUUUAGCAACUCCUCCGAAGGAAACACCCAGACAGCAGACUGUGUCUUAGUUUCAAGAUCAUAACAAUAAAUUCAGCUUUCGUCACCCGUAAGUAUGUCGAACACAGCAUUUGAGUAACCUCCGUUAAAUCUUUGAACCGUUUCACGACAUCAAUCAACACGACGGAGUUUUUGUCACUCUUAAUUAGUUAAGAGGUAUCCACCGGGCACAAAGCUCCUGACCGCUAAAUGUUCAUGUAGAAUUUUGAACACUUUACUUAUAUCGAUGCGAGCUUGUCGGAAUCUGCUGAUAAGUCACUUUUUGUCAGUGUCUAUCAUACGCCGCACAACACUGAUGUUAUCUUCAGUCGUCGGCCUUAGAACGCCAACGACAUGGGGCUUCAUCGUGAAAGGCCAAUCAAAGUCUAUCAUAGCUUUCUUUCUUCUGUAACCAUAGAAAUAGCUGUACUGGGCCGAGUUGAUGUUUCGCCUGUAGAAGUAUAUUCGGGUUCGCGUAAAUAAAUCGGCAUAUAAGUUCUAUAAUUUCGUAUUUCGCGUCAGAUUUUCUAUGCUGUGGUAUUUUUUUAGUCAUCUAUAAAUGAGAGCAAAAACAUUUGUCGCUAUCGUUUUCUAGCGAUGAUUCUUUGUUAUUUAUUCUUUCAGUCAACAUCUUUAUAGCUUUAUUAGUUCUUCAUCUACGUCUGCAGAUUUUCUUUUUAUAGUAUACUUAGACGGUGACGGUCUGGUAUCACUCAGUUUUGAAAGAAAUUGCAGCUUAUCGAAAUGUACAUAUUUUCUAUUUGAUGUUGCUCCUGACCCACUUUUUAAUGUUUUUUGUUUAUUCAAUUCACGAAAGUAGCAAUCCCUUUAAACUUUUCCAUUUUCAUUGAAGUUGAGUAGCUGUAAAAAGAUAUAAAAUAAAUAUAAUGUAAAUGUGUAACCUUUUUGUGCGCAAUCUCUAGGAAAUUGCAAAAUACGUACAAAUAAAAACAUUCUGAUUUUUCAGGUAUUUAGCAUCAGGUUACAGCUUUACAAGUUUACACCACUCUUAUCAACAAGUAUGUAAGGAUCGUAGCAAGUGGAAAGAACUGGUCUCUGCCUACCCCUACGGGAAAGAGGCGUGAUUAUAUGUAUGUAUGUAUGUAUGUAUGUAUCAACGAGGACUUUCAACAAUUUGCGGGAUAGUGAAUGAAACAUGUCAAAUAAUCUUCGAAAUUCUAAAUGCCAGUUAUAUCCCGAAACUAAGUCAAGAAGACUGGUUAGGUGUCGCAAAUAGAUUCUUCAAUAAAUCCAACUUUCCUAAUUGUUAAGGUGCCAUGGAUGGUAAACAUAUAUGAAUCAUCCAACCAGAACACUCCGGGUCUUUGUAUUAUAAUUAUAAACGUUAUUUUUCUCUUAUUCUUUUAGCUGUACGUGAUUCUAAUUAUUGUUUUACCUAUAUAGAUGUUGGAUAUUACGGCAAUGCCGCGGAUUCACAAAUAGAGAAUUUGGGUAACGAAGACUUGACAUCCCAAACAGCGCAUCGAUUGAUAAUAAUGGGGAGUUACUGCCUUUUGUUUUUGUUGGGGACGAAGCAUUCGCAGUUAGUAAUUUUAUUCAAAGACAGUAUAGUAACAAUCAUUUAAGUCGACAACAAAAAAUAUUUAAUUAUCGGCUGUCAAAAGCACAACGGUAUAUUUAAUGUACGUUUGGUAUCAUGGCCAAUAAAUUUAGAAUAUUGCAUAGAUUAAUCUAUAUCAAUAUUAUAUUCGCGAAAAAUAUUGUUCGAGCUAUAUGUAUUUUACAUAAUUAUAUAAUUAGAACAAAAACCAUUCAAGAAACCAGUAACACAUCAACAUUAUCAAGAAACCACGCUAGUAACAUUUCAAAUACAAAUUAGUGAUUAGAUAUAUGAAACAAGUUAUUUGAUUAUUUUACUAGCUCGGAUGGCGAAUUAUCAUAUCAAGAUAGAAAAAUAUAAAUAACUCACGUGCUUGAUUUUUUCAGCCGUAGAUUUAAUUUCAAAAGGAGACGGUCCAAAAUUGUAUGAAGCGUAGGCCUAGUUUAUGUACUAAUAUGGAAAUAAAUUAAAAUAAAAUAUUAUACCACUUUUGAUCAUUCAAAUCCACGAAUUUGCCUUAAUUUCAGUGGUAUUAAUAUUUUAUUUUCACCAAAAACUGCAACACUAAGGCCCUUUUCACAUGUAUCCGGUCACGGCGCGGUCGCCGUGCCGUGAAUCCGUGCUAGCUCUUUUUCAUGUAUACAAACCGUAUACACACGGUCGCCGGCUAUGGUAGUCGCAGUAUUAUUAAGAAUUUUGGGGAACGACAACGUCUUUUAUCAUGGAACAAAAAAAGAUAGCCUUACUCCUAUUGUAUCGACGUCGUCAGCGUCGACUUCAUUACAUACGUCAGAGAAUAUGUUGGAUACAUCCGUACAAUACUUUGAGAAAGGAAAAGGGAGAUUUUUACACAAAGUUUAUAGAUCUUCGAGAACAUGAGGAUAAAUUUUUCAUCUAUUUUCGGAUGUCAAAGAGCUCAUUUGAUGAGUUACAUGGACGUCUAAAAGACUCUCUGCAGCAUCAAAGAAUCGUAAGGGACUGCAUCGAGCCUGUUGAAAUGUUGGCAGUUACUAUUAGAUACUUAGCUAGCGGGUGUACUUUCACAGACCUACAUCUUAACUACAGACUUGGCAUUUCAACAGUAAGCAAGAUAGUAAAUGAAGUAUGCUUUAGCAUUUGGCGUGUUAUGCUACCAGACUGCAUGCCUACACCUAGUAAAGAGAUGUGGGAAAAAAUAUCCGAAGAGUUCGAAAAAAGAGCCAAUUUUCCGCAUUGCAUUGAUGCAGUGGAUGGGAAACAUAUUAGAAUUAUUAAUCCACUUGGCUCAAAGUACUACAACUACAAAGGAUACUCCUCAAUAGUUUUGAUGGCCGUAGCAGACACAAACUACCGCUUUGUCCAUGUGGACAUAGGAAGUUACGGUAAAGAUUACGACUCUUAAAUAUUUAAGAGAUCAUCGCUGUGGAAAUCAAUCAUAAGAAAUGAACAUGAAUUACCUACUAAAAAAUGUAUUAGCGGAAUACAAGACGUUGAAGUGCCAUAUUUCCUAGUUGGUGACGAAGCAUUUGCACUUCACCAACAUUUACUUCGUCCGUACGGUGGAUGUAAUCUUGCAAUUAAAAAAAUAAUGUUUAACUACCGCCUAAGCAGAGCUCGCAGAUAUGUAGAAUGCACCUUUGGCAUCUUGUCUAAUAAAUGGAGAAUAUUCCACAGACCAAUUAACGUCAAACCUGAGUUUGCAGUCGCGAUUGUCAAAGCUUGCGUUGUACUACACAACUUUGUUCGUGAUCGAGAUGGUUACCAGGUGGAGGACACAGACUUUAUUACAGGACUAGAGGAUGCCCCAAGACAAACCCAGUCACGCGGAGGACUUACACCAAACAAUAUACGAAACAUAUUGAGUGACUAUUUUGUAUCAAAUAUAGGGGCGGUCCCUUGGCAAAUGUCAAAAAUAUAAUGUAAUAAAAUAACUCACC